AUGAAGUCUUCCCUUUUUCUUUAAAUAACCAAAUAUCAAUUCAUACUUACUCCUCUUGUCUCUAUUGCAAUUUGCAAUAAUCUUUUUCUUCAUCACUCACCUUGAUCACAAUCACUGUUUUGCUUCCCUUCCAAAAUGACACUCAAACUUCAACUACACUUUCAUCACAUUUCUCCCUUCAAAAUCCUCAACCUCACCCCACCUUCUCACUCACCUCUCCUUUUCCACGCACCUAACGACACUUUUACUAUUUCGUCUAAGUUAUUCCAUGUGGCGUCAAAACGACGUAGCGUUAGGAUUUUAAACGCUCGCGUGGUUGGAAGUAAUGAACUAACUGAUGAGUCCGACGACGAAGAAUGUUAUGAGGAAAUGGGAGAGAAAAAAGAACUAGCAGAGAAGAGUGUGUGGAAUCAAAUGAAGGAAAUUGUGAAGUUUACAGGACCAGCUAUGGGAUUAUGGUUAUGUGAUCCACUCAUGAGCCUCAUAGAUACUGCUGUUGUUGGUCAGGGAAGUUCAACCGAGCUUGCUGCUUUAGGUCCUGCCACGGUUGUUUGUGAUUACAUGACCUUAACGUUCAUGUUUCUGUCAGUUGUUACAUCCAAUAUAAUUGCUACUGCCCUUGCUAAACAGGAUAGAGAGGAUGUGCAGCAUCACUUGUCUAUCCUGCUUUUUAUUGGGUUGGCAUGUGGCUUGAUGAUGCUUUUGUCUACAAAGUUAUUCGGUGCAGCAACACUUGCCGCUUUCACUGGGCCAAAGAAUGCACAUGUAGUACCUGCAGCUAAUACUUAUGUGCAGAUUCGAGCCUUGUCGUGGCCUGCUUUACUCGUUGGAUGGGUUGCUCAGAGUGCAAGCCUUGGUAUGAAAGAUUCAUGGGGACCCUUAAAGGCUUUGGCUGCUGCCAGUGUUAUAAAUGGAAUUGGUGAUAUACUUUUAUGCAGCUGUUUAGGCUAUGGUAUAGCGGGGGCAGCAUGGGCUACAAUGGUGUCACAAGUUGUAACCGCGUAUAUGAUGAUUCAGACCCUAAACAAGAGGGGAUAUAAUGCAUUUGCCUUCUCCAUUCCUUCAAUGAAGGAAUUUCUGACAAUACUUAGCCUUGCUGCUCCAGUAUAUUUGACGUCGAUAUCAAAGGUGGCUUUCUUUUCUCUACUUAUAUAUGUUGCUACAUCAAUGGGUACACAAACAAUGGCCGCUCAUCAAGUCAUGAUUCAAAUCUACAUGGCGUGUACAGUUUGGGGAGAACCUCUUUGCCAAACAGCGCAAUCAUUUAUGCCGGAGUUAAUGUAUGGAGUAAAUCGGAGUUUGCCAAAGGCUCGAUUGCUACUAAGGUCUCUUGUAAUAAUUGGAGCUAUACUUGGAUUGUUGUUAGGGAUAGUUGGAACAUCUCUUAUUUGGUUAUUCCCAUACAUAUUUACAUCUGAUCAGAUGGUUAUCCAGAAGAUGCAUAGGACACUGAUUCCGUUCUUUGUUGCACUAGCUGUGACAGCCCCUACUCGCAGCCUGGAGGGAACAUUGCUGGCAGGACAGGAUCUAAGAUUUUUUAGCUUAUCAACGUGUGGAUGCUUUUGUGUGUCUGCUCUAGUAUUAUUGAUCUUUAGUAGAUAUGGUUUGCAAGGAUGCUGGUUUACCCUCGCUGGAUUUCAGUGGGCUCGGUUUUCAGUAGCCCUUCUACGCCUUAUCUUUCCUAAUGGAAUUUUAUACUCGAAGCGGCCAGUAUAAGCCAAAAGUUGAGAAUUGCCCAGCUUUGAGGAAAGGUUGUUUAUGAAUGCAUAUUCAUGUAAACUGGGAAUUUGGUUUUUUGCACAUGAUGCGGCAGUAUUCUGUGCAUCGCUGCUGAUAUCGGAUAACUAAAUUUAAUGGGAUUGUUUGUAAAUUUUCACUCUUUCUUAUUCUCUUCCAAUACGAGUGUAAUUUGAUCUCUACUUAUUAGUAUACUUUGAUUGUUAUGUAGUAGUAUGUGAUUAUGAAGAGGAUUCUUUGUUUCUUGAACCUAAGUGUAAAAGCUUCAUUUCCCUGCUAACAUUCAAUUCUUCCUU